AUGGCGACCUCCGACAAUACAAUUUCCACCGCCAUUGCUGGCGCUCUUUCUACUCAUGACGCCAUCGCACUGCCUGGCAGUGAGGCGUAUGAGGAGUCUAAUGGCUCUUAUUUCAGUGCGUUUGAGAAUGAACUGAGGCCGUCACACAUCGUCAAGCCCACGACGGUAGAACAAGUCCAGAGCGUAAUCAAAGCCCUGAGACCACACAUUCUCGCAGGCGACUGUAAAAUUGCUAUUCGGGGCGAGGGGCACACUCCAUUUGCUGGUAGUGCCAACAUCCAAGACGGCGUCACACUUGACCUGCGUGGCUUCAAAGGCAUCACAUUGAGUGAAGAUCGGACAACCGUCGAAAUUGGUGUUGGAGAGACAUGGACGACUGUGUAUAACGAACUUGAGAAGCAUGGCUUGACAACGGCCGGAGGGCGCGUUGGUCGAAUUGGUGUCGCUGGCUUCAUUCUAGGAGGCGGCCUCUCCAUGUUUUCAGCCGGCACUGGCUUCGCAUGCGACUCUGUCACUGAGUUCAAAGUAGUCCUCGCCUCUGGAGAACUUGUUAGCGCCAAUGCGUCUUCAAACACCGACCUUUGGACUUCUCUGAAAGGCGGUCUCAACAACUUCGGUAUCGUGACGUCUAUUACCAUGAAGACCUUCAAAUCCGAAAGCAUCUGGGGCGGCAUCACGUACUACAUGCCCGGUACAUUUACAGAAGUCCUCCAACACGCAUGCGAUUUUGUUCAUAAUGAGACCGAUGAGAAUACGCACAUCAUGUGCAGCGCGGGUUAUGGCUUUGGGCAUCAGGCUGUUACUUGUGUCAUGUACCAUACUGGUGGCGCGGAGAAUCCGCCAGCGUUGCAGCGCUUUAGCAAUGUUCAACCGCAGAUUGCGCAGAUGAAAAGUAUGAGGUUUGAGAACCAUAUCGGUUUUUGCGAGGAGUUGAGUAAACAUUCUAGCAAUGGAAUGAGGCAAUUCUGGGCUUCUAUAACGAUUAAACCAGACCUGGAUUUGAUGGAUACCCUGCAUAACAAGUGGCAGGAGACACUGGCCACUAUUAAAGAUGCGGAAGGGUUCAUCUUCUCAUUUGGCUUCCAUCCGCUUACAAAGUCCCUUCUGACAAAUUCAGCAAAGGCCGGGGGAAAUGCGAUGAACAUUCCGCCAGAAGAUGGGCCACUGUUUGUCGUCCUGAUCAAUCCCUGCUGGACACAGGUUGCUGAUGAUGAGCGCAUCAUAUCUUCUGUGGAGGCGUUGGUGGCGGAGUUCAGGCAAUUGGCAAGUGAGAAGGGUCUGUUGCAUCGCUACAUCUUUACCAACUAUGCAUAUCACAAGGAUGACGUUAUGGCUGGGUAUGGCGAAGAGAGUCUGGAGAGGAUGCGAAGCGUGAGUAAGAAGUAUGAUCCUGAGGGAUUAUUUCAGAAAGGGGUUCCUGGUGGAUUUAAAUUAUCCAUGUAG